CCACCCCUCUCCUCCGGAUCGCGUUCCGCUGUAGGCUCGGUGGCCUGGCAGAUUCUGUCGGCCGUUUCUCUUCCCCUACUUAUACCCUGGGUGCGACCCCGGGGACGGACCGCUGCUCCGGUCAUGGGCCUAGAGCUUUACCUGGACCUGCUCUCCCAGCCUUGUCGCGCCGUCUACAUCUUCGCCAAGAAGAACGGAAUCCCCUUCGAGCUGCGGCAGGUGGAGCUGCUCAAAGGCCAGCACCACAGUGAUGCUUUUGCCCAGGUGAAUCCCCUGAGGAAGGUGCCAGCCUUGAAGGAUGGGGACUUCACUUUGGCUGAGAGUGUGGCCAUCCUGUUGUAUCUGAGUCGCAAGUAUGAGGUCCCUGACCACUGGUAUCCCCAGGACCUGCAGGCCCGUGCCCGUGUGGACGAGUACCUAGCCUGGCAGCACACAGCCCUUCGGAGUAGCUGCACCCGAGCCAUGUGGCAGAAGAUGAUGUUCCCAGUGUUCCUGGGUGAACAGGUGCCCCCUGAGACAUUGGCAUCUACUCUGGCUGAUCUGGACAGGUGCCUGCAGCUGCUUGAGGACAAGUUCCUAAAGGACCAGGACUUUGUUGCUGGACCUCACAUCUCAGUGGCUGACUUGGUGGCCAUCACAGAGCUGAUGCAUCCUGUCAGUGCUGGCUGCCAGGUCUUCAAAAGCAGACCCAAGCUGGCUGCAUGGCGCCAACGUGUGGAGGUGGAGGUGGGAAAGGACCUCUUUCAGGAGGCACAUGCAACUGUCAUGAAGGUCAAGGACUUGCCUCCAGCUGACCCGGCCACAAAAGAGAAGCUGAAGCCCUCCGUGCAGGUUUUGCUGCAGUGAGGGGAAGACCAGGCCUGCAGUGGUGAUGGAGAUUCUGUUUUUAAAAUAAACAGGUGGAACUGCUCCUCCUGGGCUGUAAGCAAGACACACUCUCCAGGCUCUGUUCCCCGGUUCCCUCCAGGCAUCAGGUCUUCCUUCUUUUGUUUUGUCUUCAGUCUUCACUCACACCCCUUCCACUCUGACUUUGUGUGACCCCUGGAAAGAGCUUAGUAAACACAUAUUUGACCUUG